CGCGCGCCCUCCUCGCUCGUCCCUCGCUGUGCUUCUGCCGCUGAGGAGCGGGCGCGCGCGGGCUCGAUGGGCGGGAGCGGGACGUCAAAACUGAACUUGUGCUUCCCGUAGUGGGGAAAAGUAUAGCACUAGACGACUAGUGUUUAUCACAUGUUCCUGGCAAAGGUGCGCGGAGCGGAGACGCGGAUAUUAAGCUGACACGAAUCCCUCAUUCCUCUUUUGGAGCAAGAAGCGCCCAGCGCCCCACACAGCAACCCACUGUGCCACACAGUAACACACGAUACGCUGUCGGGCUACGGAAAUGGAAGUUGACGUAUCGCGUCUCGGGUUUCCAGAGAGCGUUCAUCGCGUUCUUGCCGGGCUUCGAGCUUUUAUUUUGAGCGGGUAAUGCCCGAGCACCUGUUAGUGCUCUUCAGAACGCGCUCUCUGCCCGUUCCCUGGCUCCUGCGCGCGGCCGCCCCCGGGGCACGGAGAGCAGCGCAGCGCAGCGCAACGCAGCGCCCAUUCUAGAUUCUUUCACUUGAGCGGGUAGCGCGCGCCGUUCGCCUCGCUUCUCCCGCCACUCGUAGUACACGCUCACGUGAGGAUUAAACUUGGGCUGCUCCGCCAUGGCCGACGCCGGACACCACGAAGAUCGCAGAGACGAUGCUGCGGAGGACGAAUUUGGGGAGAUUAUCAGGAGUCGAACAGAUGAAAGAGAAGAUGUUCAAAAGAAAACGUUCACAAAAUGGAUAAACUCUCAGUUUGCCAAGGCUGGGAAGCCCCCCAUCCGGGAUCUCUUUACUGACCUGUGCGAUGGGCGGCGCCUUCUGGAACUGCUCGAGGGUCUGGCAGGCCAUGAACUGGUGAAAGAAAAGGGCUCCACUCGCGUCCACUCGCUCAACAAUGUCAAUAGAGCACUGCAGAUCCUACAGAAAAACAAUGUCGAACUGGUGAAUAUAGGUGGAGCGGACAUUGUCGAUGGCAAUCACAAACUGACCUUGGGCCUCAUCUGGAGCAUCAUCCUCCAUUGGCAGGUAAAGGAUGUGAUGAAAGAUGUGAUGGCUGACCUACAGCAAACCAACAGUGAAAAGAUUCUGCUGAGCUGGGUGCGUCAGUCCUCUCGGGACUACCCGCGGGUCAAUGUGGUCAAUUUCUCCAGUAGCUGGUCUGAUGGGCUGGCCUUCAAUGCCCUCAUCCACAGCCACAGGCCGGAAUUGUUUGAGUGGAGUGAUGUGGAACAGCAACAGACAUCCAUCGAGAGGCUGGACCACGCCUUCAGCGUUGCCAAGAACCACCUGGGCAUAGAGAAACUGCUGGACCCUGAGGAUGUGGCCAUAGCCCACCCAGAUAAGAAGUCCAUCCUCAUGUACGUCACCUCGCUCUUCCAAGUCCUGCCACACGGUGUCACUAUGGAGGCCAUCCAAGAGGUGGAGUUGUUGCCUUCAGGCCCGGUGGUUUUGGAGGAGCACGUCCACAUGCAGAGCAAGCAGCGCUUCUCCCAACAGAUUACAGUGAGUGUGGCUCAGGGUCGAGUUCGCAGCCCCUCCCCUACUCCUAAACCACGCUACAAAAGCUAUGCCUACACUCAAGCAGCUUAUGUCAAGUCACCUGAACAAAAGAGGAGACGCUUUACUUCACAGUCCCCUGACAGCCUGGCAGAGGAGUCUGUCAGCAGCCCCAUGCCACGGGGAGAACUUCAUCUGGACAGGUACCAGGCUGCUCUGGAGGAGGUGCUGACUUGGCUGCUCUCUGCUGAAGACACCUUACAGGCCCAGCCCCCCAUCUCUUCCCACGUGGAGGUGGUGAAGGAACAGUUCCACACUCAUGAGGGCUACAUGGUUGAACUGACAUCCCACCAAGGCAGCGUAGGAAGGGUGCUGCAGGCAGGGAGUGCUCUGCUGCUGGAUGGCCGUCUCACUGAGGAAGAAGAGAAUGAGAUCCGGGAGCAGAUGAACUUGCUCAACUCCCGCUGGGAGCACCUGCGGGUGGCCAGCAUGGAGCGGCAGAGCAGGCUACACGAGGUGCUAAUGGACUUGCAGAACCAGCAGCUGAAGCAACUCACUGACUGGCUGGAGCUCACAGAGGACCGGAUCAGGCGGAUAGGGGCACAGCCACUCGGGCCUGAUCUGGUGGAUAUAAAGCAUCAAGUGGAGGAGCAUAAACUGCUCCAAGAAGAUCUGGAAAUGGAGCAGGUGCGUGUGAAUUCCUUAACCCAUAUGGUGGUGGUGGUGGAUGAAACCAGUGGGGACAGCGCCACAGCAGCCUUGGAGGAGAAACUGCAGCAACUGGGGGACAGAUGGGCAGCUAUCUGCAGGUGGACAGAGGACCGCUGGGUUCUACUCCAAGAGAUUCUCCUCAAGUGGCAACAUUUCACAGAGGAGCAGUGUCUGUUUGACUCUUGGCUUAGUGAGAAGGAGGAUCUUGUGCGCACAAUCCAGUGCAGUGGCUUCAAAGACCAAAGUGAGAUGGUGGCCAACCUGAGAAAGCUUGCGAUUGUCAAGGGCGAAUUGGAGGUGAAGAAGCAGACAAUGGACAGACUGUGCUCCCUCAGCCAGGACCUGCUGUCCAGUGUCAAGAACAAAGAUCUAGCCCACAAGCUGGAGGCGCGGCUUGAGAAUUUAGCCCAGCGUUGGGAAAGCUUGGUCCAAGCACUGGAGAAGAACAGCUCCCAGAUUUCCCUGACUGCUGCCACGUCACAGACGGAACAGACAAAAACCACCGUGUUGUCAACGGUGACUAAGGUGACCACACGGGGGCAGGUUACAGGGACGCAUGUGAAGGAGGAGGCGCCUCCUCCACCCCCCCAGAAGAAGAGGCAGAUUGUUGUAGAUUCCGAGUUCCGAAAGAGGUUGGAUGUGGAUUUCACCGAGUUACACAGCUUCAUGACGCGGUCUGAGGCCAUCCUCCAGAGCCCCGAGUUCAACGUGUCCCGCAAAGAGGGCAGUGUGUCAGAACUGCAAGAGAAAGUGCUGGCGAUAGAGCGGGAGAAGCCAGAGAAGAUGAGGAAGCUGCUGGAAGCCAGUCGUUCAGCACAGGCCCUGGUGGAUCAGCUGGCCAGUGAGGGUCUGAAGGCGGACGAUAUCCAGCAGGCUGCGGAGCAGCUUAACAGCCGCUGGGUGGAGUUUUGUGCCUUGCUCGACGAGAGGCUCUCUUGGCUGGCCUACCAGACUAAGGUGCUGGCCUUCUAUAACCAGUUCCAGCAGCUGGAGCAGGCCGUAGUAACUGCUGAGAACUGGUUGAAGGGCCAGCAGCCGCCCGCGUCUGAGCCGGAGCCGCUGCGGGUUCAGCUGGAGCGCUGCAAGGACGAGGUGACCCGUUUCUCAGCUCUGCAGCCCCAGGUGAAGCAGUUGAAAGAACAGGCAAAGGAGCUGCAGGAGAAGGAGGACGCUCCUGUCUUUUUCGAUGCUGACAUCCGGUCGCUGACAGAUCACUACCACCAGGUGUUGGAGGACCUCCAGGCCCGCCUGAAACAGCUGCAGCUGGUCCAGGAGAGCCUACCACCAGUCCGUUACAAGGAGACAACCAGUAGGCUACUUGUUUGGAUGCAGCAAUGUGAGGCCAAAGUGUCCAUCCCUUCUACCGCUGUCACCGAAUACCCGAUCAUGGAGCAGAGACUCAAAGACCUCAAGGCUCUUCAGGUAUCCCUGCAGGAGCACCAGAGCAGUCUGGACUACCUGACAGUCACAGUGGAGCAGGUGUGCCAAAAGGCUCCCCACGAGAUCAGCCAUAAGUACCGCUCAGAGCUUGAUGCCAUCUUGCUGCGGUGGAGAAAGCUGUCGGUGCAGCUGGCAGAGCAGAUACAGAAGCUGCAGGACCUGAUGAGCAAACUACAGCAGUUCCAGAAUGACACGAAGACGCUGCGCAAGUGGAUGGUGGAGGUGGACGUGUUUCUGAAUGAAGAGUGGCCAGCCCUAGGUGACUCAGAGGCGCUGGAGAAACAGCUGGAGCAGUGCACGGCCUUGGUGAAUGACAUCCACACCAUCCAGCCAAGCCUGAACGGCAUCAAUGAAGUAGGCCACACCCUGAAGAAGGAGGCGGAGCCAGCUUUUGCCAGCAAGUUGCAGAAAGAGAUUGCUGAACUCAAUGCCCAGUGGGAGAACAUUUGCAAACAGGCCUAUGCAAAGAAGUCUGCCCUGAAGGGAGGUCUGGACAAGACCGUGAGCCUGCGGAAAGAUCUCUCUGAGAUGCAGGAGUGGAUCACACAGGCCGAGGAGGACUUUCUGGAGCGGGACUUCCAGUAUAAAACUCCUGAGGAGCUGUGCAAAGCUGUGGAAGAGCUGAAGAGGGCCCAGGAGGAGGUCCACCAGAAGGAGGUGAAGGUCAAGCUGCUGACGGACUCUGUGAACAGCUUUAUCGCCAAGGCCCCCCCAGCUGCCCAUGAGGCCUUGAAGGCCGAGCUUCACGUCCUGACCACAAACUACCAGCGGCUCUGCAGCCGUCUCGAUGGGAAGUGCAAAACCUUAGAGGAGGUCUGGGCAUGCUGGUGUGAACUGCUUUCCUACCUGGGGCUGGAGAAUGGCUGGCUUGACCAGCUGGAGAAGAAGCUGAAUGAGACUGAGAAUAUUCAAGGAGAAGCUGAGGAGAUCUCUGAAGCACUGGACUCUUUGGAGAGCUUGCUUUGCCACCCAGAAGACAAUCGGAACCAGAUCCGUGAGCUGGCUCAGACCCUCAUGGAUGGAGGUGUACUGGAUGAGCUCAUCAACCAAAAGCUGGGUGCCUUUAACACACGUUGGGACGAGUUAAUGCAGCAGGCGGCACAGAGGCAGAAAGACCUGGAGAAGAGCAUGCAGUCAGCGCAGAAGAAUGACAAAACUCUGCGUCUCAUCCAGGAGUCACUUCUCACUACCGACCGCCACCUGUCCGCCUACAUUGCUGACCACAUCGACGCAGGCCAGAUCCCCCAGGAGGCACAGAAAAUCCAGACAGAGCUGAACAACCAUGAGCAGACUCUGGCAGAGAUGAGGAAGAAGAGUGAAAACAAAGAUGCAUCUGACAGGCUUUUCUCACAGAUAGAUCUCACGCAGAAAAAGCUUCAGGAGGUGCUCAAGAAGUUCCGGCUCUUUCAAAAACCGGCCAACUUUGACGAGCGCCUGAGGGUGUGCGAGCGCAUCCUGAACGAGGUGAAGGCUGAGCUUGGGGUGCUGGGCAUCCGCAGCGUGGAGCAAGACGUAGUGCAGUCGCAACUGGACCAGUGCAUGAAAUUUUACAAGAGCCUGAGUGAAGUGAAGGUGGAGGUGGAGACGGUAAUUAAGACAGGUCGACAGAUCGUCCAGCGACAGCAGACGGAGAACCCCAAGGAGCUGGAUGAUCGGCUAACUGCCCUCAAGCUGCUGUAUAAUGAGCUGGGAGCCCAGGUAACAGAGAGGAAGCAGGAGCUGGAGAAGAGCCUGAAACUGUCACGGAAGCUGCGGAAGGAGGUGAACAGCCUGACGGAAUGGCUGGCUGUCACGGAUGCCGAGCUGACGCGCAGGUCCGAUGUGGACGGCAUGCCUGAAAAUCUGGAUGCUGAGGUGGCCUGGGCCAAGGCUAAGCAGAAGGAGACGGAGCAACAUGAGCAGCAGCUGCGGGGUGUGGGUGAGCUGGCUGACGCCCUCAAGGCGGUGCUUCACGGCCAGGAGAGUCUAGUGGAGGACAAGGUCAGCCUGCUCAAAUGCAACUGGAUCGCAGUGACGUCCCGUAGCGAAGAGUGGCUCCGCCUCCUACUGGACUACCAGACGCAGGUGGAAACGCUGGACCAGAACAUUGCCCAGAUCACUGCCUUGAUGUACAGAGCCGAGAUCAUGCUGGAUGAGUCAGAGACCCAGGGCUCCAGGGACCAUGUGCUCAAGGUUCUGCGGACGGAGCUGGAGGACAUACGUGUGAAGGUAGAGGCGGUACAAGCCCAAGCGCAGGACAUGAUGAAGAACCAGGGGGAGCACUGCCGGGCUCUGGUGGAGCCCAAACUGGAGCAGCUGAACCAGCGCUUUGAGGCCAUCUCUCGGCGGAUCAAGACUAGCCAGGCUGCAGCCUCGGAGCGGGAAGUGGAGCAGUACCACAGUGAAGCGAUGAUAUGGUUAAGGUUGCUGGAUGAGGAGGUGCAGCAAGGGGAGAACCUGAAAGAAGAGGACUUCCAACAGGAUGGGGACUGUGAGGAGGGGGCUGUGAAAGAGCUAUUAGAGAAGGGGGAGAACCUGCAGAAAAGAGUUCCUGAUGAGAACAAAAGGAAGGAGAUCCGCAUCAAACAUAAUCAGCUCAAUACCAAGUACAACACCGUGAAGGAUCUGAGAGCGCUGAGGAAGAAGAAGGCCCUGGCAAUCGCACCGCAGUGGUACCAGUACCGCAGGAAGUCAGAUGACCUGCUGCAGUGGCUUGAUGACAUUGAGAGGAGUGUGGCAGAGCUGCCCGACCCACCGCGGGAACAGAGGGUAAAGGAGAUUGACUUGGAGCUGCAGCAGAAGAGUGUGGAGCUGGGUGACCUGCAGGUUCAGGCCAAGGUGCUGUCAGAUGGGGGAGCUGCGCAGCUCGUGGAUCCUUGCCUCGCCCAGCUCAACAAACGCUGGCGAGAGGUUGAGAGCGCGUUUGCUCCCUACCAGCGUUCCAUAAGAAGUGAGGCCCCAGCAUACUUGUCUGAUCUGCAGGAUCUCCUGCAUUCCAUCGCCAAGACAGAGUUCCUCCUGAACUCCCCAGAGUACUGGGCAGGAGUCUUCUAUGAGCUGCCCAAACAGGAAAAGUGCCUUCAGGAUGCCAAGCUGAGCCUGGACAAGCUGGUGGCCCCAGUAGAGAGGGCUCGGGGCCGCAAGGAGGAGGUUCUCAGCCGCGUCUCUCCAGCAGAGACCCGUCUCAUCCAGGACACUCUGCUUCUGCUCAACACCAACUGGGAGAAGGUCAACAAGCUGCACCACGAUCGCCUUGCUCGCUUCAAGUCAUCCCAGGGAAAGUUACAUAAUUUCAACAAGGACCUGAAGACCAUGACUGAGUGGCUGGGCGAUGCAGAGCGGACGCUGGCGCAGGUGGAGCAGGACCCUAUCCGUGCCAAAGACCAUCUGAAGGAGCUCCAGGAUGCAGUGGGGACUCAGGAAGAAGCAGUGGCACUCCUCAAUGCCACUGGGCAGGAUAUUGUACAGCAGAGCAGCCAGGAGGAGGGCAUCCUACUCAAGGAGCAGCUGAGGUCCAUGAACACACGCUGGGAGGAUGUGUGCCGCCAGCUUGCACAGAGGAGGAGGAGGUCGGCAGAUGCACGACAGGCCCUACAUGAGUUGCAGGAUGACCUGGCUGAGUUCUCAUCCUGGCUGGAUGGUGUUGAGAGCAUCAUCUCCACAGUCCCUCAGCAUGGUGAUCACGAGCAGUUGAGCUCUUUGCUAGAAAAAGUGCAGGCUCAAGUACAGGAAGUGCCAAAACGCAAGAAGGCCCUCAAGGAGCUGAAUGAAAGAGGGGGCAGCGUGCAGGGCAGUGCAUCCUUUCCUGCUGCCAAAUUCCAGAAGCUGGAAGGCAACUUAAAGCUGCUCAACACUCGCUGGACCAAGAUGUCCAAGGAUCUGCCUGAGAAGCAGAAGCAGAUUGAGGAUUUGCUGAAAGACCUGUCUCAGUACCAGAUGCAGCUCUCGCAACUCGCCCUGUGGGCUUCCAGUACCAAAGACCAGCUGGAGCUCUGCAGACAAGCUGCCAGCCCUGGGGCAAUGGACACAAAGGAAAUGGAAGCUGCUGUCCAGGCGAAACAACCGGACAUGGAAGAUGUGCUGAAUAAGGGUCAGCUCCUGUUCAGAGACAGGCCUCCAAGUCAGGCUGUGAAGGGAAAGUUUGAUGGCCUCAGUGCAGAUUGGAGAGCCAUCCAAGAUCUGCUGAAAGAAUUGAAAUCAAAAGCCAAGCCCAGUACUAUUGCAAUCUGUGAAACUGCCAGUAAAAGUACAUCGCUGAGUGAGAUGCCUUCUUCCCUCCUGAUGGAGAUGCCUGCUCUGGUGCAUUUCAACAAGGCCUGGGUGGAGCUCACUGACUGGCUCUCACUCCUUGAUCGUAUGAUUCAGACUCAGAGAGUAACAGUGGGAGACCUGGAGGAAAUCAAUGACAUGAUCGUAAAACAAAAGGCUACCCUACAAGACCUGGAGCACAAACGUCCUCAGCUUGAAAGCCAGAUCACUGCAGCCCAGAACCUUAAGAACAAAACCAACAACCAGGAGGCUAGAUCCACCAUCACAGACCGCAUUGAUAGGUUGCAGACACAGUGGGAUGAGGUGCACGGGCGCCUCACAGAACGUGGACUCGAGCUGCAGCGCAUGCUGAAGGACUCAGGCCGCUGGUUAAAAGCAAAGCAGGAGGUGGAUCCUCUGCUGAAAAGAGCCAAUGAAAAGCUGGAGUCGUGGAAGGAGAUAUCUUAUACUGUGGAUGCACUUAAAAACCAGAAUGCUGACCUCAAGCACUUUGUAAAAGAACUGCAGCAGUGGCAGAGACAGGUCGAUGAAUCCAAUGAGCUGGCCCGCAACCUGCUGGUCCAGUACUCCGCUGACGACACUCACAAAGUCAAGCUCCUGACAGACAGCGCCAAUGCUGCCUGGUCCCGCAUCAACAAGCAAGUUGGCGAGAGGGAGGCAGCAUUGGAGGCAGCUCUUCGGCUCCUGCAGCAGUUCUACCUCGACCUGGAGAAGUUCCUCAACUGGCUAGCGGAGGCGGAGACCACCGCCAACGUCCUGCAGGAUGCCACCUACAAGGAGGGGCUGCUGGAAGACCCAGCAAUUGCUCGGCAGCUCCUGAGGCAGUGGCAGGACCUCCAGGCAGAGAUAGAGGCCCACACGGAGGUCUUUCACACACUCGAUGAGAACGGCCAACGCAUCCUGAAGUCGCUGGAGGGCUCAGAGGACGCGACUCUGCUGCAGAGACGGCUGGACAACAUGGGCCAGCGCUGGAACGAGCUGCGCAGCAAGUCGCUCAGCAUCAGGUCUCAUCUAGAUGCCAGCACAGGCCAGUGGAAGCGUCUGCACUUGUCCCUGCAGGAACUGCUCACCUGGCUACAGCUGAAAAACGAGGAGCUAGAUGAGAUGGCACCCAUUGGAGGCGAUGUUCCUGCAGUGCAGCAGCAGCUCGACGCACACAGAGCCUUUAGGAGGGAGGUGAAAGCCAAAGAACCUGCGGUGACCAGCGCAUUGGAGGCAGCCAACAGUUUUCUGGCUGAGCAGCCGACUGAGAGCCUGGGGAGGACACAAGCAGAGCAAAGAGAGGUCAGUCCUGAAGAGCGAACUCAGAACAUGUGUCGCGUCCUACGAAAGGAGGUAGGGGAUGUACGUGUGGGCUGGGAUCGACUAUGCAGCCACACCGUGGACUGGCAGCGAAAGCUGGAUCAGGCCCUUGAGCGGCUGCUGGAGCUGCAGGAUGCCGAGGAGCAGCUGGACCUCAAGCUGAGGCAGGCGGAGAUGGUAAAGCAGUCCUGGGAGCCAGUGGGUGACCUACUCAUUGACUCCCUUCAAGAUCACAUCGACAAAGUGACGGCCUUUCGAGCAGAAGUUGCCCCCAUCAAGGAGAACGUGACUCAGGUGAAUGGUCUUGCGUCUACCUUUGGCCCGAUGGACAUCCAACUGUCAGAGUUCAACCUCAACAGGCUAGAGGAUCUCAACACUCGAUGGAGGCUACUGCAGAUUUCGAUUGAGGAGCAUCUCAGACAGCUGAAUGAAGCUCAUCGGGACUUUGGACCCCAAUCCCAGCACUUCCUCCUUCCUUCUGUUCAACGUCCGUUUGAACGUUCCGUCUCUCCCAACAAUGUGCCAUAUUAUAUCAAAACAGAGAAGGUGAAAUCAGGACCCGAGGAAACAACGCAGACCCUCGCUGAUCACCAGACGCAGACCACCUGCUGGGACCACCCCAAGAUGGCGGAGCUGUACCAGUCUUUGGCUGACCUGAACAACGUGCGGUUCUCCGCCUACAGGACAGCGAUGAAGCUGCGCAGGCUGCAGAAGGCCCUCUGUUUGGAUCUGCUCAGCAUGUCAGCUGCCUGCGAGGCCUUUGACCAGCACAACCUGAAGCAGAACGAGCAGCUGAUGGACAUAAUGCAGGUCAUCAACUGCCUGACCAGCAUUUAUGACCGUCUGGAGCAGCAGCAGAGCAGCCUGGUCAACGUGCCGCUCUGUGUGGACAUGUGUCUCAACUGGCUGCUGAAUGUUUACGACACGGGCCGAACUGGGAAAAUCCGCACCUUGUCAUUUAAAACUGGCAUCGUUUCACUUUGUAAAGCACACCUGGAGGACAAGUACAGAUUCCUCUUUAGACAGGUGGCCAGUCCAACAGGCUUUUGUGACCAGCGUCGCCUGGGUCUUCUCCUACAUGAGGCCAUCCAGAUUCCUCGGCAGCUGGGAGAGGUGGCCUCCUUUGGGGGCAGCAACAUCGAGCCGAGCGUGCGCAGCUGCUUCCAGUUCAAGGCCAAUAACAAGCCGGAGCUGGAGGCGGCACUCUUCCUGGACUGGAUGCGUCUAGAGCCACAGUCGAUGGUGUGGCUGCCGGUGCUGCACCGCGUGGCAGCCGCCGAGACAGCCAAGCACCAGGCCAAGUGCAAUAUUUGCAAGGAGUGCCCCAUCAUUGGCUUCAGAUACAGAAGCCUGAAACAUUUCAACUAUGACAUUUGCCAAAGCUGUUUCUUUUCUGGACGUGUUGCUAAGGGCCAUAAGAUGCAAUACCCCAUGGUGGAGUACUGCACCCCGACAACGUCAGGGGAAGAUGUGCGGGACUUUGCCAAGGUGCUGAAAAACAAAUUUAGGACAAAGCGCUACUUUGCCAAGCAUCCACGGAUGGGCUACCUCCCUGUGCAAACCGUGCUUGAGGGGGACAACAUGGAGACUCCUGUUACACUGAUCAACUUCUGGCCUGUAGAUUAUGCGCCCACCUCCUCCCCCCAGCUGUCUCACGAUGACACCCAUUCCCGAAUCGAGCAUUAUGCCAGCAGGUUGGCCGAAAUGGAGACUCGCAAUGGAUCCUACAUCAAUGAUAGCAUCUCACCUAAUGAGAGCAUUGAUGACGAACACCUGUUGAUCCAGCAUUACUGCCAGAGCCUGAAUCAGGAAUCCCCUCUGAGCCAACCACGCAGUCCUGCCCAGAUUCUCAUCUCUCUGGAAACAGAGGAGAGGGGUGAGCUCGAGAGGGUCCUCAGUGACCUGGAGGAGGAGAACAGGAACCUGCAGGCCGAGUACGACCGCCUGAAGCAAGCCCAUGACCACAAGGGCCUCUCACCACUGCCCUCACCUCCCGAGAUGCUGCCCGUGUCCCCCCAGAGCUCCAGGGAUGCUGAGCUCAUCGCUGAGGCCAAGCUUCUGCGCCAACACAAGGGCCGUCUGGAGGCACGCAUGCAGAUCCUGGAGGACCACAACAAGCAGCUGGAAUCCCAGUUGCAGCGCUUGAGACAGCUGCUGGAGCAGCCUCAGGAUAACACCAGGCUCAAUGGCACCACAGCCCUGUCAUCUCCCUCAAGCUCGUCCCAGCGCUCAGACAGUAGUCUGCCCCUGCUACGUGUGGUAGCCAGCCAGACCACCGAGACCAUGGGCGAUGACGAACUGUCCAGCCCCUCCCAGGACACAAGCACAGGACUGGAGGAAGUGAUGGAGCAGCUCAACAACUCAUUUCCCCACAGCCAGGGAGGGCGCCGGGGAGCCCAGUGAGAGGUCCUAGCGUGGGCAGCCUCUUCCACAUGGCGGAGGACCUGAGCCGCGCCGUCGAGUCCCUGGUCAGCGUGAUGACGGAGGAACAAGGGCCCCCGUAGCACGGCACAGUAUGGCCUGGCGCCCCUUGCCGACAGCAUGCUUUUAUAGUCGCGAUAACUGGACUGGAAACGUUUACAAAGAAAAGAAAAAAUACUAUAUAUAUAUUUUUGUGAAGGAUCAUGGUUACAGACUUGUAGUUUUCAGUAGUUUCUUAAGUCUAAAAUGGUUUUAUUAACAAAGACAGGUUUUUACAGUACUAUGCAAUUGUACAAAAAACUGUGUGAAAAUAGUGUGAAAUUACUGUUUCUAUGUAUUGAGCGCAUUUCUGAUUGUAAAAAUAACAUUUGUAACAAUUAAGAUUGUAAACUUAAGGGUGCUUUAUAUAAUAGUUUUAUUUAUAAAAAACAAAAUAAUAAAAAAUGACUGAAAGGCAAUGCAUUGAUUGUGUAACCGUUUGGCUCAGCAUCGGUGUGAGCUGCGUUCACAAUGACAGUGUUGUGGUUGCAUUUGGAUGAGAACAUCAGCGUUAUAAAUGAUCCAUCCAGGUCAUUGACCGCCCUUAAACAUAACCAUCCUGCGCUCUUAGUCAUGGGCAACUAGAGGUUACAGUUUUUGUUUUGGGAAUUUUCAAAGGGGAACUACCAUUGGAAAAGAGGUCAUCGAGUUCAUGUAUUGUUUUUAAAGGCUGUGAACGACGAGUGCUAUAUUUUCUAAUGGCAAUGACAUCUGUUAACUUUUAAACAAAAACAUGACUUGUAAAGGAGUGGUGGUUUGGAACAGAGCAGUUUUUUUCUUUUCAGUAAAGUUAUUUCACUGGUUGAAGAGCAGCCCACCAGCGCUCUUUCCAUACCAAUUAGACAAGAUUCUUAUGUAUCAUUAUGUACUAAUUACGCAAGUUCUACCUCACUUUACUUUCUAGGUACUCUGGACAGUGACCCUCCUCAUUUACACACAAUCUGAACAAUUUUAGCAACUCCAGGUGGAGUUUUGCACAGAGAUUCAAAUGUAUUCGAUUGCCCCACUCCUUUUUAGGAAUACAUUUUUGGUAACUUACUAGAGCUGACGGAAAUGAUUUUUCUAACGUAGAAAAUUAGUAUGGGUGAGUUCUGAAAAAAAUUCUUUGCUACUGAGUGUUUUGGAGGAAACCUCAUGUAUUUAGUCUAUUUCAUUCAUCCAAACCAUUUUCUUGUAUAACCAUGUUUUAGCAUUUAGAAUAAAUCAAUUGAAACAGCACUUUUCACAUUAUGGCAGCAUGUUUCAGGACAUUUCAACAUCUGAUAUUAAUUUCUAACUUCAAUUGUAUCGUACUCAUUUUUCAAUGAUUGUUAUACAUUUUACUUUACAUCAAGUUCCACCAAAUAUAUGCCUUACUACUGUAUUAUAUAUUGCUUUACUGUGUAUAUCAAUAAAGCACGCAGUUAUCCUAACAUUUGUCCUGGUUUUUGUUGUACAGGUCCCUGAUUCAAGCCCUUUAGACAAAGUUAUUGAUUAUUAA